AUGAAAAGUAAAGAUAUACAAAAAGUUGUAAAAAUUAAAUAUGAAAAUGGUGAUGGUCCGGCAAAAAUUUAUCGUGAUUUAGCCGGAGUUGUUUCAUUACCCACAAUUAAAUUAUGGAUAAAAAUGAUCAACAAAACUGGUUCUAUCCUGUUAUCAUCUCCUCCAGGCUGUCCACGCACAGUUCGUACAAAGGCCGCUAUUGUGAAGGUUAAAAACCGUCUAAAUCAAAAGAAACGAGUGUCUACACGAAAAUUAGCUAAAGAUAUGAAUAUUUCUAGAACGAGUAUACAGCGAAUACUCAGUGAAGAUCUUGGAUGUGCAUGUGCUGAAGGCUUAACAACACCAAUCAUUUUGGAAAAUGGAAUGAUGGAUGCAGAGGUUUACAUCAAUAAAGUUCUUCCAAUAGCUCUCGAAUGUGGUGAUAAAAUGUUAGGGAGCGAUUGGACUUAUCAACAGGAUGGUGCUAGACCUCACACACAUCAUCUCACUCAAGAAUGGUGUGCCAAGCAUUUUCCUGAUUUCAUCCCCGAGAAGCGUUGGCCGCCCAAUUCACCUGAUUUAUGCCCCUUGGAUUACAGUUUAUGGAACAAGCUGGCUCAAUGUAUGAAUUGGGAUCGAAUAACAACAAAAGCAACGUUGAUUGCAGAGAUAAAACGUUCCGUAACAAAAGUUGACAAAAAAAAAAUUUAA